CGAGUUAACAUUGUACAUUGUACAUCCUGGAACUGAGCCACCCCAAGCAUGAAAAUGAUUCGACCAAAGCUAUUCAUUGCUACGAUAAUCUUCAACGCUUCCACAGCCUCCAUGCUCUGGUAACGGCUUAUUGGCGCGAUCGAUGGCAAGGAUUAUUUGUCGCAACUCAACCAAAGCCACCCCGUUCCAAAUAUGAUUCGAAUCCUAAGUCCUCAGCUAGUAUUACGUUGUAUCAAGUGCGAAGCUUUAUAAAAUGGCAGGUUGCUCAAUGCUUCUUAAGCUUUUCAUGAAUGGUCAUUCAUUUCCCUUCCAAACAAUUCGUCUCGAGUUCACCUUGAAAUCGCUAAGUCCAGUUCCAACUUUGAGGUUUAACCACUGUUACUAGUCUUUCAUAAGGGGUUCAAGAUGCGCCGCGCUUCAGUGUUGUUCGUCAUUCUACAAUCCGCUUCAUUUCAAACGCUGAAUUACCUUCUUGUGGAAUACGUCGCCUUAGAUAGUUUCUGGAAUCGAAUGAAGCAAGAUCCGAUGUUUCAGGAGUAUGAUAGGGUCUCCCAAGCCCUUUGGGAUGCUAAGCACGGGAAUCAGACCCGCGCGCAGACUGACAAGACCAACACUGGACAAACAGCAAGGCUUGAACUACCUGCUUCAGACUCAGAUGAGACAGAUGAGGGUACCUUCUCCGUCCAACCGAUUAUAGAUGUCACCCAUGACGUGGAACACCAAAGCGAAGGCCCGGAAUCCAGAGCAGAGCCCGAAGUUCAUUUAGCAAGCGUACCAACGCAGCAGGCAAAAGAUAAAACCUGGCGCACUGCCGUCCUCGACUGUCUAAGGGUAUUCUUCAUCCAACUCUUUCUUGGACCUCUCUUAUAUGCAUGGCACAUAUGGCUAGAAAGACUGUUUCCGACUCGACGAUCGGCGCGUCAGGACAAGGUGUAUACAGACGCUAAGCAGAAGGAUGCCGAUAUCACAUUCGCUGAAGACACACGCGAGGAACAGGUCAUCCAAAAGUGGCUGCGACAAGGCAAAAUCCGACGGGCCUCACUCAGCUGGCCCAAUACCUUUGCCAAAUGGGCUCUUCAAUGGACGAUUGGGCGGUAUUGGACGGACAACGCAAGAGAGUUGCUCGACGCUCUACUAAGGCGCCAAUCGCUGUCGAAGUCGCUAUUCAUGCCUACGACAUAUGUGUUUUACUGGUUCACACGACGCCUUACUGCCGCACCACUCUGCACGAUGCUUUCCUUCCUGAUGGUUCCUGCUUCGAAACGCCUGUCUUUCAUGUCAGGCGUGACGCUGCUCUGGAAUGCUUUGCUAGUGUUAAUGUUGAACCUCCUAGCUCCUAGGGUCAUCCAGACAGAAUGGGUGCAAGGUUACCUGUUUAAUAUGACGGAGGAAAUCAAGAUUGAGUCUCAGGGCUUUGCCCAUCCUCUUGACGAGCUGUGAUAACUGAGCGGCGAAAGGAUUGGCAAGUCUGGGAACAAGAUCCAUUCAACAGGCAGAUUAUAUCACGAUUACUUCUACACGGUGCGACCGACAAAUAAAUGAGUAGUCAGGAGAUUGUUUUUGGCGCGUCAUUCUUGAUUUGUUGCAGAAAGGAUAUUCUCCUAUUCAGGGUUCUUGCAAGCUAUUCUGACUAAUGUUAAGAACCAACUCGUCAUCCACCGUAUUAUUCUGU